AGACAACAGGCAAGUGUGCCUGAGCUGCAGCAUCAUCCCCAGGUUUCUGCAGCUGCCAUGGGGCAUUCAGGCCUGCUGGGAUUAGUAACUGGAUCAUAGCCUCAGAGCCAAGGCCCUAAAUAUAGGGCUGCCUGUGCCUGCUGCAGAAGACCUUGGCACCAGCUGCUCCACCUUAUGUCACAAACAGGGAAACUGAGGCCCAGAAAGGGAGAUGGAUUUUUCCACUGUUACUUGUUGGGAAGCCUUUCAUCUCCCUGAAGGGCCCAGAUCAGAGGGCAACCCCUUCUAGUUUGGUGCAUUUUCUCUGUACUGCUGGCCCUUUCAGCUCCAGGAAUAUCAGUGUUGACUGGUUGAAGAACAACAAUGAGCAUUUAGCCUCAGCUCCACACCUGGUAUCUGUCAAUGAAUCUUACUCUGUCGAAAGCAAGGCAUGGGUAACCUUAACCAAGCAAGAUAUCUUGUCUCAGAUCACCUGUGAAGUCACCCAUGGAGACCUUGACGAGCCCCUAAGAGUGACCAUUAAUCUUUCUCAAGUGGUCCGAGUUAUUCCCACAGUGAGGAUCACCACUGAGCCCCUGGAGAUCCAAGAUCAUGCACACCAAAGAGUGUACCUGACUUGCCAUGUAAACCACUUCUAUCCCCAAGACAUGCACCUCAUCUGGGUUAAGAAUGAGCACAAAAUCCUGACUGUGGAGCCCCCUCAGGCCGCCAGAAACUCUGAUGGGACUUACUCGCUACAACACACGUUAGAGGAAGAUGCCAUAUUGAAUGAGACUGACUUUGUCUGCUGGAUGAUCCAGGACGACCAGCCUCCAGUUGGGGACAGAAUCACCCUGGGAGCUCCCAGGAAGGUCAAAGGAAGGAAAGACUUCUCUCAUCACCUUGAAGGCCCCCUGCAGCGGUUUACACCUGGAGCAAACAUCCAAUUGAAGUACACCUCCUCUGCAUUACCAACCCGUCAGGUUACUGUGACCUGGCUCAAAAACAACCACAGCCUUCUCCAGACCCAGACCAGCGUCCUUUCCAGUGGAAAGACCUACAAUGUGACUAGCACUGUUCUUGUCCCACUGGAGAAUGAUGACAUAUUAUCUUUAGUUCUCUGCCUGGUUCAGCACAAGUCAUUAGUGGUUUUCCAGAAAGCCAUCUACCUGGACCAGUACCUCUGUGUUCCUCCAGUGGUGAGAGUGUACCAGUCUUCAACUGGCUCUGGUUUGGUGGCUGUUACUUGCCAUGUGCAGAGAUUCUAUCCACAGGAUGUAUAUCUCACCUGGCUGGAAGACUGUCACGUGAUCAGGAGAAUGGAACAACCUACACCUAAGAGGAAUGAGGAUGGGUCCUACACUAUGGAAAUCCUGCAGUUGGUGAACACAUCAGCGCAGAGGUCUGAUCAAGUACUCACUUGCAAGGUAGAACAUGAAGAACAGCCUCCCAUCCAGGCCAGCAUUAUAUUGUCCACAGCAUCCUUUCCCACAACCAAAGCCAUUAGGAGCCUAAGUUCAGAGAAAUCUAUCCACAUUUUUGUGGCUUUCCUUUUAUGCUUCAAGGUACUUCUGAUGGCGACUUUUCUAGUCAUCUACACGUAUAGGCGGUGGACCCUGUGAUAGGAGCUCAAGUGGAGAGAAGAUGCAAGGACCUGCUGUUGACCCAAGACUCCUGCUCUUCACUCAUCCACCUCCACCACAGAUGUGCUCCUCCUGCACACUGUCAGACAUAGACUUGGAUUGUUUAGGGAUGUUUCAGACUCAGGUUACUGAAUUUAUUUCAAAUGAGCUCUUCUUACAUCCAAAAGACAAUUUGGUGAUGAGGAAAACGGAUGUUCAUUCUGUCUCUGGUCAUGGUCAAUCCUUAACUUUCUAGUCCUCACUAUCAACUAGAAUUUCUACAAGCAUGAUUUAAUUUUAGUAGACAUAAAACUUAAAUU